CGUUAAGAUCAUAGAUGGCAGUAACACACAACUUUUUGCAUAAUACGUUUCCAUAGCAAACGUGUUUCCAAACAAAACACGUUUUUUUUCCUGGAACACAUUUAAGACACAAAAACGACGAUGACCACAUUACCAAACCAUGUAGUAUUCCCCUUUAAGGAAUGUUUUCAGAAAGUGGAUUACAGCAGGUGGGAGCGGUACGGCAGGCGUCGUGCUCCCCUGCCCCCGGCACGUGGUCCUGCUGUCCCACCCAAGAGUGAUGCAUAUAGACACAGGGGCGCCCCCUCUGUCCACCAGCAAAACAACACUAGAGUAGCCCCUGACGAAUCACUGAGGUCUUUGGUUCGACACUCAGGAAGGAAAGAGAUGGUGAAAGUGGGAGUCAUCUCUCCAUGGAAUGAAAAUGGCAAAAUACUUAAGAUGCUCAUCCAGUCAAGAAAGACAGCGGUGGAAGAGCUGGAGAGGCACUGUGCCCAUCUCCUGGCCGUGAAUUUUCAGCAGUUAGGGGAGAUCGCUCGUACCGAGAGGUGCUCCUUCAGCUGUGCUCAGGACUCUAUCCUUCAGCACGAGAAACUCAAGAGAUCUAUCAUAGCUUUAAAAGGCUGGAGUCAAAGAGAGGUCAAAAAGGCCAAAGUGGAAUUAGAGGAUGCGGAACGAGAGGCGAAGGAAGCCAUCUGCGAACUUCAGAGGCAGCUAGCAGAGGUGGAGCUGCAGGUGGUGAAAGCCCGUGGUGAGGUAAACUCACUGAGGACCUACAAGUACAGGCAAUACCAUGUGAAUGAAUCGAGGAUCGCUCAGCUCAGAAGGGAGAUUGAGCAGGUGAAGGAAAUGAGGAAGCUGUCCAGUGUUAGUCUUAGCCUUUCCACGACUACGGCAGAAAAUGACAGAAUAAGGAGAGAAACUGACUUUCACAAAAAGGUCAUUAAGGAGCUUGAGGAGACGAGCAAGGAAGUGGAGGAGGAUAUCAAGCAGCUACAGCUGUCAGGAGCGAGUGUCAGCGAGGACGUCUCCCACCAAAGCCCCCCCAGGACACACAAGUAUAGACACCAGCCUCUGUAUAACCUAAGUCCUUCACAGUCAGGCCCUGAAAUUCCAAACACCUUACACACUGUAUCUGCCUUAAGCUGCUCUAUCUAAACCAUUAACCAUCCCCAGUAUGGAUUUGAUUUCAAAACAGUGGAAAGUAAGAAACAAUGUUAAUCUAUAUUUUGAGCAACAUACAUUAUUUAGUUUAAAACCACGUGGUUAAACACCAUUACAUUUAUUCUGGGAAGAUGAUGUAAUAGCUCUUUUGUCUGUGUUAGAUUUCGUCAAACGCAUUUCUCAUGUUCUUCCAUGAAAGGAGCAAAAGAGUGACAUUUUGGAAUUCUGUUAGUACUGUGUGCGUGUGUUUGGGAGAGGGGAGGGUUGUUUUCUUUGGGUUUCUGCCACUGUGCAAUGUGUAAAAGAGUAUGUGCAUUUUCCAUCUUAGAUCAUGCAUUCAAACAGAAAGAGGCUUUUGCGUUCAAACACUUUUUCCCACACUUCUUUCUGUAAUGGAUAUUUGGGGCUUUUUAUUUUCAAAGACUUAAUUCGAGAUGUAUUUAUCUUAUUUGAUAGAAUCCUUUAAUAUGAAUUAAUUAUACAUGAUUUGUCUUUCUGAUGAAUGGUGGUAGCAUAUUCCCUUAUUGAUGUGAGGCUGUAACUUGACAGCGGCGUGAAUAAUGAUCUAUCUGUCAUGACUGGGGGCCUGUGUCACAAGGCCAGAUUUCUUGCUUAACCGGAUAACUUGUCUGGUUUGAAGUACCUCAGGUUAAAUGGACUUUAUCUUCAUUGACUUACAUUUAGCCCAGACUACCUUCAAUCUGACAAGUUAAUGGUCUCCUCUCUUUAGACGGAGGUGCAGGCACCAUGCCCCUAAGGAUCUGGUCAAGUGAACCAUGUUAUCGUAAUCACAUUGCCAGUAUAUCACAAUCCAUCCAGUCCUGUCAUGGUCACAGGGUCCUGCAUCCUAUAUCAUAAUACAUGUCGUAAAAUAAUGUAAAUAUAGCUGCAUCUUCUACCUGUUUGUGUAGAAGGUCAUUUAGGUUUUCAUUGGCUAUCAGAUGAUGCCUUUUGUCUGGCCAUUACUACUUAUGUGGAAACAAGAUGAACUCAUUGGGGACUCUGCUGUUGGAAUGAAAAUAAAUGCUGAGAACGUGUUCCCUGACAGGCAGCUGCAGAUUGUUACUGUCCUUUCCAAUGUCACACUCAUAAUAUAUGUAGAAGGUAUAUCUAAACAAUACAGAGCCCUCCCUUGUGGUGCUGUGGAACUUUCCUAACACACCUUUGUUUGGAAUUACCAUUUUCCUUUCCGAUGGUCACGGUGCUGCCACAACGUAAAGGGUAUAUAGCAUUACAGUUUUGGAAAAGUCUCUAAGAGGCAUCUUAAUGAUACAUGAAGGACCAGGCAGGACCAUGGAGCUCCUUGUGCUGAAAUCCUAAUGUGUCAUUAAAGCUUAAUAAGGGCUUUGAAUUUCCAACAGCUUGUUCCAAAACAAGAUGACAUUUUGUUGUUUAUCCAUAUGAUUGCACUUAUUUGGCAUACUCACAGUUUGGCAAUCACUCUGUAAAGGUAAACAUAAUAUAGAAUUCACAAUAACAAAACAAGUAACACUUAAGUAUUAAAAAAGAGGAAUAUUGAACAGAAGGUAUGAUAUUGAAAUGAUGAAAUUGGGAAAUCUUCCCUGACAUGUCUCUGAAAUUCCACCUUAGCUCAGUUGGUAAGUGAGAUGACUUCUGACAAACUGACUGCUUUCCCUCACUCUGUUAUUGUCAGAGGUCACAAGUCAAAAAAAAGUGUGCGUCUUCUGGCAAGUCUUCCUGUUUCCCAUGAUACAACACAGCCUCCCAUAGGAAGACAAAUGUCAGGCUGUUUUUUUCUUUGUCCCGAGUGACACAUUAUGUCUUAUUGCACUUCUUUCCAACAAGUUUUAUUUCCUCAUUGUUUUUCAUUUCAUCUGAUAUGUGUUUAUGAAUUGAUAGGAAUCACUCCCUUAAUCAUCCAUCUGUCUCAUACCCUCUUACCCUGUGAGGAUCUCAGGAGGCGGCCUGGAGCCUAAUACCAGGCAGCACAGGGUGGUAGACAGGGCCACGGCCUGCACAGGGAGUUAGACAGGGCCACGGCCUGCAC